AUGGAGGGCAAGGGCCCCACGGUAUUGGCCGUGAUGUGGUCGCUGACAGCACUGGCUCUGGUGUUGGUUGUCACCCGUCUAUGCGUUCGGCAGCGAUUGCUUCGGAGCUUUGGACUAGACGACUGGUUGAUUGCGUUCUCCAUGAUAUUCGGCCUUCUAUACUCGGCCACUGCGGCAGUAUCGGUGGUGAAGGGAUUCGGCCAACACGCGGCUACUCUUUCGAACAAUGCUCUUGAACAAGCUCUUCUAUGGAAUAUGAUUUCCUUCCUCUUCGGCAUCAUCUCUUUUGCGCUCCCAAAACUCGCCGUCGCAGCCCUACUUCAUCGAAUCCUCAACCCAGUACGGAUCCAUCGCAUUAUCCUGUGGACGCUCGUUUCCAUGAUUACAGUCAUUGCCAUAGUCAACAUUUUGAUCUAUGUGACGAUGUGCAGUCCACCGCAAGGACUUUGGAAGCCGACCUUGGUCCAAGCAGGAGUGGCAAAAUGUAGACCUGUCGACGUUUUGGUUGGGUUUGCAACAUUCAAUGGAGCUUUUUCUGCUUUCGUCGACUUAUACCUCGCCACCUAUCCCGCCUUCAUUUUAUUCCACCUACAAAUGUCAUUGCGCAAAAAGAUCGCAUUGAGUGCUGCCCUAGGGCUUGGGACGGUUGCAUCCGCUGUUGCUAUGGUCAAGUGUGCCCAGAUUGGGGGUCUCCGAGACCAAAGUGACCUGACCUACUCUACUGUCCCCCUAGUCAUAUGGACAAGUGUGGAGGCCAAUAUCGUCGUCAUCGCAGCGUGCAUGCCUACCCUGAAACCCGUUGUCGAUUUCAUCCUCGUCAAAUUAAAAUUGACAACAUUGAGUGAUCAAAAGUACCCGUCGAACUCAUUUAGCCAGGGAAGGGUAUAUCCCAAACCCGCUGUUGAGAGGAGCAACCGACAGGCUUCACAUUUCAAGAAUAUUAGCGAGGAAAAUAUCCUCGACGACCAAGAAGACAUGCACAUCAGGCGCACUGACGAAGUCUACGUCGGCUACGAAUUGCAACCAAAUGCGCCGGUAAAGCAAAAUCAGAGUUUUACAUAA